AUGGAAAUGUAUCUUCCAUUUUGUGGGAUCGCCAUAUCUAAUGCUCAGCUGUUUGCGGCUUCCAGGAAGGAGUACGAUAGAAGCAGAGCCUUGCUGGAGGUGGUGAAUGAUCUCUUUGAAGAACAAACAGACCUAGAGAAAAUUGUAAAGAAGAUUAUGCAUCGAGCUCAAGCACUGCUGAAGUGUGAGCGCUGCUCUGUAUUGCUUCUGGAAGACAUUGAGUCACCCGUGGUGAAAUUUACCAAAUCCUUCGAGUUGAUGUCUCCGAAAUGCAGUGCAGAUAUAGAGAAUAGUUCCAAGGACAGUGUGGAGAAACCUUCAUCAUCUUACUCAGAUUGGCUAGUAAAUAACAGCAUUGCUGAAUUGGUAGCUUCCACAGGCCUUCCGGUGAACAUCAGCGAUGCCUAUCAAGAUCCUCGCUUCGAUGCAGAAGCUGACCAGAUAUCUGGCUUCCAUAUAAGAUCUGUUCUCUGUGUCCCUAUAUGGAAUAGUAGUCACCAGAUAAUUGGGGUAGCUCAAGUGUUAAACCGGCUUGAUGGGACACCAUUCGAUGACGCUGAUCAGCGACUCUUUGAGGCAUUUGUUAUCUUCUGUGGUUUGGGCAUCAACAAUACCAUAAUGUAUGACCAAGUGAAUAAAUCCUGGGCAAAGCAGUCUGUGGCUCUUGACGUGCUGUCUUACCACGCAACAUGUUCUAAGGCUGAAGUUGACAAAUUUAAGGCAGCAGACAUUCCACUUGUGUCUGAACUUGGCAUCGAUGACAUCCAUUUUGAUGACUUCUCCCUCGACACAGAUGCCAUGAUAACUGCAGCCCUUCGAAUGUUCAUGGAGCUUGGAAUGGUUCAGAAAUUCAGAAUUGACUAUGAGACACUGUGUCGGUGGCUUUUGACAGUGAGGAAGAAUUAUCGAAUGGUUCUGUAUCACAAUUGGAGGCAUGCUUUCAAUGUGUGCCAGCUCAUGUUUGCCAUGUUAACUACAGCAGGAUUUCAGGAGAUUCUGACCGAAACUGAAAUUUUAGCUCUGAUUGUGGGAUGUCUAUGCCAUGACCUUGACCACCGGGGAACCAACAAUGCCUUUCAAGCCAAAAUUGGAUCUGCUUUGGCUCAGCUGUACGGAACCUCUGCUACUCUGGAGCAUCACCAUUUUAAUCAUGCGGUCAUGAUUCUGCAGAGUGAGGGUCACAACAUCUUUGCUAACUUGUCCUCCAAGGAUUACAGUGACCUUAUGCAGCUUCUGAAGAAGUCAAUAUUGGCAACAGACCUCACUCUCUAUUUUGAGAGGAGGAAUGAGUUUUUUGAACUUGUCAACAAGGGUGACUACAAUUGGAACAUUAGCUGUCAGCGAGAUAUAUUCCGAUCAAUGCUAAUGACAGCCUGUGACCUUGGAGCUGCGACCAAACCGUGGGAGAUUUCAAGACAGGUAGCUGAACUGGUAACCAGUGAGUUCUUUGAACAAGGAGACAGAGAGAGAUCAGAACUCAAGCUCACACCUUCUGCCAUUUUUGACCGGAACAGGAAAGAUGAACUGCCUCGAUUGCAGCUGGAAUGGAUUGAUAGCAUCUGCAUGCCGCUCUAUCAGGCUUUAGUGAAAGUAAAUGGAAAACUGAAGCCUAUGCUGGAUUCCGUGGUGGCCAACAGAAGGAGGUGGGAGGAGCUGCACAAAAAGAGAAAGCUUUCCCCGGUGAUGACCACAACAUUCUCUCCCUCCUCUUCUUCCGACUUUGCCACCUCUCUGGAGGACAUAAAUUGAGUCUGCAGUUCUGCUGCUGAUCAGCUCCAGAAGCUACCGGAAAGGCUUGUCGUGAAAGCUCCGUCUCGUUUUGACACAACAAAAAGCCUGUCUGGCCACAGGGCCCGGCUUCUUCAGCUGCGAGGUCACUCAGUCGGUCGAGGAGGAACUGCAGGGAGACGGCGUGGGUUUCUUCACUCACCCACAAGCUUGGUGCAGUCAUCAUUCGGCCAGCUCGUCUGAGCUGCUGUUGUGAAAACUGACCCACAAGGUCACAGCAGAUGGCCAUAACUGGAGCUUACAGCUUUGGUGGAAUUUGUGAAAGAGUGCAUGGGUGAAAUGUUACAAAAUUAAAAACUGGAGUACUGUCCAAGGGCGGGGAGGAGAGAACAGUUUGUAAUAAUAACCCGGGUUUGCAUCUUUCUAGCUUUUGCUAAUAGAAAUCAAUUAUACUUGCUUUUGUGAUGUUUAUUCUUUUAUCCCUUUCCUUUUUUAAAAAUGCUUGAGUGUUCAGAGAAGCCUGCUUUGUAUUCCGCAAAUGUAUUUUUUAAAAAAACAGUCACAAGAAAGCUUCACAUGAUUGAUCGGGCUUUUAGAUUUGCCUAUCUUUGCUACAUGUGAGAGGGGGGAAUUAACUUUAUUACAUUUAAAAACACCAACCUAUUCUGGCUUCCAUAAGAAUUUCAUACUAGCAAUGCAGUUUGAAUGGCUCUGCAGGCGGAAGCUUAUAUAAAGGUAAAUUUCCUGCAUGAUAGAUUCAGUUCUUUUAAAUUUUUAUUUUAAAUGUUCAUUUUUAAAGCUGCUUUGCACACCUAAGAAAAGAACCAAUGGUAUUUCAGGAAAAUUACACAAUAAAAAUGAAAUCUGUUGCCUUCUGGUAGAAAAUUUGCACUAUAGGAUAUGAUCAUGACUUUCUAGUACAUUUUCUGAAUCACAUUAAUUCUAUUAUUCUUAUGGGUCUACAUGGCUUUAGACUAAAUCAUGAAAGAAGCAAUGACUACCUCUGCCUUUUCUGGCCAGUUAGUUGUUGGUUGGUUUGUAAACAACAUGUUAGUCUAAUAUGUUGCAAAUAAUAGAAAUCAAGGGUGAAAUUGUACGGUGAUACAGCUCAUUUUUUAGGAUGCCUAUGCCAUGGUCUGGUUUGAUCUGUUUCCUGGUCACCAGGAGAUCACAAAUCAGCCUGACCCUGCUCCAUGGCCAAUUGGGCUACUCUUUUUUGGAGUAGGGCUGCAGCAAUUGGGACACAGAACAGUUGCUUCAAAGGAAAUUGCACCCAGCAUGAUCCUAUAUCGUCUGAACGCAUCCCGAGUCAAAAUUGCAUG